AACUGCACUCUCACUCUCUUUUACUAGGCAGUUCAUUAAACUCCCCCUGCAUCUGAUGUCUCUGAGAGGGCAUCGAAGAUAAAAAGCUAAAGUGAUGAAGGAACUGGCCAUGUCUGAGAUCAUCUGGAGUUUAUGUUUCUUCCUGCUGCUUCACGUUACUUCUGCAGAUGUCUUCCUCCAGAGUCAGGAUGCCAGUGAGGUGCUGAAGCGUCUGAAGCGAGCGAACAGCCCGUUUGAGGAGUGGCGGCAAGGCGAUAUGGAACGGGAGUGCAUAGAGGAAGUUUGCAACCAUGAGGAGGCCAGAGAAAUAUUUGAGGAUGAUGUGAAAACGGAAGCAUUUUGGAAUGUCUAUUUUGAUGGUGAUGCUUGUUUAUCCACGCCAUGUCUGAAUGGUGGGAAGUGUAAAGAUGGAAUUGGGAACUAUAACUGCUUCUGCCAACCGGAAUAUCAUGGCUACAACUGUGAAUUUGCGAUCCCUCAACUCUGUGAAAACAAGAAUGGGGGCUGUGACCACUUCUGCAACGUCAUUGAUGGGACAGUGCAAUGCUCAUGCGCAAAGGGCUAUGAGCUGGUCAAUGGCAAAAAAUGCCACUCUGAUGAUCCCUUUAAAUGUGGAGUUAUCAUAAAGGGUUCGGGCAAAGAGACGAGGACAACCUUCAGAAGAGAUCCUGACCUUGACAACAACACAACACUGAACACACUGGAGUCUACAACACAGCAACACAAUGACACACACGCACUCACACCCACGGUAGAAAGCAUAUUUGAUGGCACCAGCACCCCUUCACCUACAGAGUUUUUCGAUCCUUUUGGGGAUUAUGUGAUGCCUGAGGAGGGAGGGGACACGCGUGUGGUUGGGGGAUCCAACUGCGACCCAGGGGAGUGCCCAUGGCAGGCUCUCUUGGUGAAUGAAGAAGGGAUGGGAUUCUGUGGAGGAACCAUCCUGAACGAGUACUUCGUCCUCUCAGCUGCCCAUUGCAUGAACCAGUCCACUCACAUUUCAGUGGUUCUCGGUGAGUUCGACAUGAACAGGGACGAAGGCAGAGAAGCCAGACACGAGGUGCAGCUCUACAUCACCCACAAGCACUAUAUCCCGGCCACCUACCACAACGACAUCGCCCUCAUCAAGCUCAAGACGCCCAUCAAGUUCACCAAGUUCAUCGUCCCCGCCUGCCUGCCGGACCGCGAGUUCGCCGAGUCGGUGCUCAUGAAGCAGAGCCAGGCCAUGAUCAGCGGGUUCGGGCGUGUGCGCGAAGGCGGCCCGCAGUCCACCACCCUGCAGAAGCUCACGGUGCCGUACGUGGACCGCGCCACCUGCAUCGACUCCAGCUCGUUCAAAGUCUCCAAGCACAUGUUCUGCGCCGGCUACGACAAGGAGAACAUGGACGCCUGCCAAGGGGACAGCGGCGGUCCUCACGUGACCAAGUACGGCACAGAUCCCGGCACCUGGUUUGUGACUGGCGUGGUGAGCUGGGGGGAGGGUUGUGCCAAGGCAGGGAAGUAUGGGGUGUACACGCAAGUGUCCAAAUUCAUCACGUGGGUGAAUGGUGUGAUGGAAAAUGUUAUGAAAUUAGAUUUAAGUAACAGCAAAAGGAAAAGAGAUGUACUGCCCAGGCACAUGAUUGGCAUCACAAUGGUGUUGGGAUCUCUGAGGUGGAACAUCUUACUCUAUGGCUUCCUGUUGAGCAACUUCCAACCAACACGAGCAGCGAAGCCCGUCUUUCAGACUCAGGUUCAAGCAACCGUCUUUUUGCGCACAAGGCGGGAUAAUUCCUAUCUCUUUGAGGAGUUCUUCCAAGGAAACCUUGAGAAAGAGUGCAUGGAAGAGACAUGUACCAAGGAAGAGGCCAGGGAGUGCUUUGAGGAUGAUGUAAAAACAGAGGUCUUCUGGGCCAAAUACAUCGAGCUGAAAACUAAAUCGAGUGUCCAGGAGAACAAAGUGAUCAGCACUCAGAGACAUGGCCAAGAUGGAGACCAGUGUACCCCCAAUCCUUGCCAAAACGGAGGAACGUGUACAGACAAAGUAGGGGGUUAUAACUGCACCUGCGCAGAAUUUCACGUAGGAGCCCGAUGUGAAACGGAUAUCUCUCAGUGUCCACUUAGCGGCCCGUAUGCCUGCGAACACUUCUGCAGUCCUACCUACGGCUCGUACAAAUGCCACUGCGUGCAAGGAUACACAUUACACACAGAUGGGAAAAGCUGCAGAUCCAGGGUGAGGCAUCCAUGUGGCAGAAUACAGCUUUCCACAAACACACCCACGCAGAGUGACAGUCUGCCGGGCAAUGAGAUUUGUCCCGAUGGUCAAUGCCCUUGGCAGGUGACUCUGAUGGACAAGGAUGGCGAGGCAGUAUGCAAUGGGGUGAUUCUGGGUCUCCGGGCAGUACUCACCACGGCGACUUGCAUGAGUUCUCCCACAGACAUCACUCACGUGCAGAUUGGACAACAAUCAGCAGGCUCCAAGGGUGUCAUCAAGGUACCACUUCACGCCGUGCCUACCAUUCACAAGCGCUACGAGCCUGGUGAGCAAGAGUACGACCUUUGCUUCCUCCAUCUCAAAUCAUCACUACCGCUGGGAGAAUCCGCCAUGCCCCUCUGCCUCCCCGAAAAGGAUUUCUCUGAGAACGUCCUCAUGCAAGAGGGGUUGGAGGGGGUGGUUUCACCCGAGCACGCCCGCCACUUCUACCUGCCCCUGGCCGACUGUCGUGACCACCUGAAUGUCAGCUUUCCUCUGACCAACAAGAUGUUCUGCAUGAAAGAGCACGUCCUCAUACCAGCAAACGAGACGAGCAAAAAGGAAAGAGGCGUUCCUCGUCUAAUAAAAGAAGAGGAGCCAAAGCCCACCAUCGAAGUGCAGGUUGGUCCUCCAAGCCUGAGCAUCACUCGAGCGGCACAAGGACUGCGUCCAAGGACACAGCAGACGGUGUGGGUGAAUGAACCAGAAGAAAUGGAGGACACAGAGCCCAUUGAAAUUCCAGACGACUUUCUGGACACCCCUCUACAGGCUGUGACACUUGCUCCAUUAAACAAAAUACAGGCCGUAAAUAAAAGCCAUAUGCCCAAGCCCAAGCCCACAGCAGGAAAUGUUGUUGCCAGUGGAACUGAGACCAGUAAGACUAGGGGAUUUAGUCCCACAGUUGCUCCGGAAAAAGAGGUCGCAACCGAGAGUAAAAGAGAAACCAACUGUGGGCCUCUAUCUGGGACUCCAGUUGCAAGUGUCAAAGGUAAAACCGCCUUUGUAACAGGACUCAUGCUGAGCCAUGACUGCAGUGAAGGCCUGGUGUUCACCAAGCUCUCUCGCUUCUUGCCCUGGAUUGAAGACCUACUAGAAGAUACAAUGAAACCACCGGAGCCCAGGCAUCGGAGGACAGGGAAGAAGUAA